AUGGUGCCUACGCAAUCUAAAAAAGACACCAUUUCCGACCAGGAGGUGAAGGAGAAGCUUGUGGAGCUGGCGACCCCGGCUCCAGAGCCUCAGCUGCCUCCCGUCCAGGACUUUAACUGGCGCAAAGUCGAGGCUGUUGUUGCGCCAAUUCUCUUCACUUUCGUGUCGUUCUUCGUCAGAAUGUACAAAAUCGGCAUCAACAGCAACGUCGUCUGGGACGAGGCCCAUUUUGGCAAAUUCGGCUCGUACUACCUCAGACACGAGUUCUACCACGACGUCCAUCCUCCAUUGGGCAAGAUGCUAGUGGGACUCUCUGGCUAUCUGGCAGGGUAUAACGGGUCUUGGGAUUUCCCGUCCGGCCAGGAGUACCCUGAGUACAUCGAUUACGUCAAGAUGAGACUAUUCAACGCCACGUUCAGCUCUCUGUGUGUCCCCUUUGCCUACUUCACCAUGAAAGAGCUGGGCUUCGAUCUCAAGACUGUCUGGCUCUUCACUUUAAUGGUCACCCUCGAAACCUCAUACACCACCCUGGGCCGCUUCAUUCUGCUAGACUCCAUGCUCCUGUUCUUCACAGUGGCCACCGUCUUCAGCAUGGCCAGAUUCCACAACCAGAACAGAGACGAGGCCAACUCGUUUUCCCGCAAAUGGUGGAAAUGGCUUCUGUUGACGGGUAUCUGCAUUGGCUGCACCUGCUCCGUCAAGAUGGUGGGUCUGUUUGUGACAGCUUUGGUCGGCAUCUACACCAUGGUGGAUCUGUGGGUCAAGUUUGGCGAGCUACGUACCACCAUGCCACUCAAACGCUACUUCUACCACUGGGUCGCCAGAAUCGUGGCACUCAUCAUUGUUCCCUUUACCGUCUUCGUGGUGUGCUUCAAAGUCCACUUUGACCUGCUUUUCGGUUCUGGCCCAGGUGACGCCAACAUGUCGUCGCUGUUCCAGGCCAACCUGCUCGGCUCGGAACUGCAGUCCGGUCCAAGAGACGUCAUGACCCUCAAUUCUGUGGUCACCAUCAAGAACCAGGGCCUUACCGGUGGCCUCCUGCACUCUCAUAUCCAGACGUAUCCUGAAGGCUCCAACCAGCAACAGGUCACCACCUACUCGCACAAGGACUCCAACAAUGACUGGGUGUUCGAGCUUGUGAGAGAAGACCCUAGAAACGAGUUCACCGAGCCUCAUUACGUGGUGGACGGCAUGUCCGUCAGAUUAAUUCACAAAUCGACCGGCAGAAAUUUGCACACCCACCAGAUCCCUGCUCCCGUGUCUAGUUCACACUACGAGGUGUCUGGAUACGGAAACCUGACAGUUGGAGACUUCAAGGACAACUGGGUCGUCGAAGUGGUGGACCAGUACGGAACAGAGGACAAGCUUAGACUACACCCAUUGACGACCUCGUUCAGACUUAGAUCCGAGGCUUUGGGCUGCUACCUGGCUUCUUCCGGAAUCGCGCUGCCUCAAUGGGGAUUCCGCCAGGGCGAGGUCAUGUGCAUGAAGAAUCCGUUCAAGAGAGACAAGCGGACCUGGUGGAACAUAGAGAACCACAGCAACCCUGAGCUUCCUAAUCCUCCAGAAGACUUCAAGCUGCCGAAGACAUCUUUUCUGAAAGACUUCAUCCAGCUCAACAUCGCCAUGAUGGCCACCAACAACGCUUUGGUGCCGGACCCAGAGAAACAAGACGAUUUGGCCUCGAAUGCUUGGCAAUGGCCUACCCUUCAUGUUGGUAUCAGACUGUGCGGCUGGGGCGACGACAACGUGAAAUACUUCCUGAUUGGCUCUCCGGCCACUACCUGGACCUCCUCUGUUGCCAUUGUUGUCUUUGUUAUUAUGGUGGUGCGCUACCUCUUGAGAUGGCAACGCCAAAUCAACGAUUUCGAAGGACAGCCCAAAAAGGCCGAUCUGUUUGUGAUGGGAGGUCUGUAUCCGUUUUUGGGAUGGCUUCUGCAUUAUCUUCCAUUCUGUAUCAUGGGUAGAGUGACGUACGUUCACCACUACCUUCCAGCACUCUAUUUUGCCAUGAUUGUCUACUGCUACACGGUCUACAGACUGGCUGAGAAGCUGAACCGUUGGGCAGCCGGCGCCUUGUACAUUUUCCUUUACGCUCUUGUGAUUGGAUGGUUUAUCUUCCUCUUGCCAGUCACAUUUGGUAUGGACGGGCCAAGCGCGAACUACAAAUACCUCAAUGUCCUAAAAUCAUGGAGGGUUGCAGACGACUAG